AUGGAGAUUGAGUUGGUCAAGUGCGAGUGUUGUGGACUAAAAGAGGACUGCACACAAGACUACAUCACACAAGUGAAGGCGAAAUUCGACGGCAAAUGGCUCUGUGGGUUGUGCUCGGAAGCAGUAAGAGACGAGGUUUGCAAAGGCAAGAAGCCAUUCGACAUGGAAGAAGCUGUGAGAGCUCACAUGUCGUUCUGUGGUAAAUUCAAAUCCAACCCUGCGGUUCGUGUUGCAGACGGGAUGAGGCAGAUGCUUAGAAGAAGGUCAGACAUGUCUUCCUCCUCCUCAUCAUCGUCAUCUUCGUCUUCAUCGAAGAAGUAUACAAGAUCAUCAAGCACAUCCCAAGUGGGUGAUUCAUCUUCUUUCUCAUUGUACUGAUUCAAACAGACUGGCAAGGCAUGUUAGGUUGUUGGUUGAAAUAAUAUAUUAAGGUAGUGUUUCUUGU